GCCCUCUUAGCUAUUGCUGCUGCUAGUAAAUGGGAUCUUUUUCAGAUGGAUGUUAAAAAUGCUUUCCUUAAUGAGGAUUUGAGUGAAGCAGUCUAUAUGCAACCUCCUCCUGGUCUCUCUGUUGACCCAAACAAGGUUUGUCAUCUUCGACGUGCACUUUAUGGUCUUAACCAAGCUCCACGAGCUUGGUUUGCCAAGUUUAGCUCCACUAUCUUUCGCUUGGGUUACACUGCUAGUCCGUAUGAUUCUGCCUUAUUUCUUCGUCGUACUGAUAAAGGCACCAUUUUGCUUCUUCUAUAUGUGGAUGAUAUGAUCAUAACUGGUGAUGACCUCAGUGGCAUUCAAGAACUCAAGGAUUUUCUCAGUCAGCAAUUUGAGAUGAAAGAUCUUGGACAUCUCAGUUAUUUCUUGGGUCUUGAAAUUACUCAUUCCACAGAUGGUCUUUAUAUUACUCAAGCCAAGUAUGCUUCUGACCUUUUAUCUCGAGCUGGCCUCACUGACAGCAAGACUGUUGACACUCCGGUUGAACUUAAUGCGCAUUUGACACCCUCGGGGGGGAAACCAUUGUCUAAUCCUUCUCUUUACAGACGAUUGGUUGGCAGCCUAGUUUAUCUCACAGUUACUCGUCCAGACAUCUCCUAUGCUGUUCAUCAGGUGAGCCAGUAUCUGUCUGCUCCACGAUCUACUCACUAUGCUGCUGUUCUGCGCAUUCUUCGAUACCUGAAGGGCACUCUCUUCCAUGGCCUUUUCUACUCAGCUCAGUCUCCUCUUGUACUUCGUGCAUUUUCUGAUGCUGAUUGGGCAGGGGAUCCCACUGAUCGCAGGUCCACUACAGGUUAUUGCUUUCUCCUUGGUUCUUCUUUAAUUUCUUGGCGAAGUAAGAAACAAACCUUUGUGGCCCGCUCCAGUACUGAAGCAGAAUAUCGUGCCCUUGCUGAUACCACAUCUGAGCUCCUUUGGCUACGAUGGCUUCUUAAGGAUUUAGGUGUGUCCACAUCCUCUGCUACUCCCCUUUAUUGUGACAACCAGAGUGUCAUUCAUAUUGCUCACAAUGAUGUCUUUCAUGAACGAACUAAACACAUC